AUGCUAUCAUUCUGUCCGCACUGCCAUAACAUGCUAUUAGUCUCACAAGGGGAUAGUGGGUCGUAUGUGCUACGAUGUGGCUCAUGUCCAUAUGCAUUUCCCAUCGAAGGUGUCGAAGUUUACGACCGUAAGACGCUUCCUAGAAAAGAGGUUGAUGAUGUUCUGGGAGGAGGCUGGGACAACGUUGAUCAGACCGGCGUACAAUGCCCCAACUACGAUGAGUGUGGGGGCGAAAGAGCAUACUUUUUCCAAUUACAAAUUAGGUCGGCUGAUGAGCCGAUGACGACGUUUUACAAAUGCGUCAGCUGUGGUAACAGAUGGAGAGAGAACUGA